AUGAGCUGGGAACUGGAUGAGCUCCUCCAAGUACAAGUAGGUCAUCAAGUACAAGCAAUCGGACUGCGGGGAAGCUCCCGUACAAACAGCUAUCAGAUAAACACCAUGUUCCGCUCUGCAGCCGCCCGGACACUCGUAAAGAGCCUCGCGAAAGCUCCUUCUGCCAGGUCAAGCUAUACUGCAACUUCAGUCAAGCUUCGAAAUGUCACACCUCUUUACCACUUGAAUAGUAAACGCCCACAAAACCACCUGACCCUCUCCCGACCAACCACGACAUCACUGCUGUAUGCUACGAAAUCCGAGCCUCCAUAUGACGAGAUUGACGUGCAGGCGGAGAAGGAAUAUGCACAAAGAAAGAUUGAGCCUCAUCCACAAGAAGUCUCAACCCAAUCCACCAUUCGUCCAGUGUUUGAGGGGAGUAGGAAGCAGGAAGACGAUGUAAUGAUGGGUGGGAUAAAGGGAGAUCUUCGUACAAUCAUAAACACAUUUGGGCUCAAGGAAGUUCCUAAGGAGCCGCUAUACUUUGGAAUUGCAGGUGUUAUUCCAUAUGUCAUCACCUCUCUGUCGACAGUUUUUCUCUCUGACGAAAUCAACCGUUCCCACACUGCUGGCCAGGGGCUUCUGUUUUCGCCCGAGACGGCACAUCAGAUCCUUGAUUUCAUAACCCCAGUCCAGAUCGGAUAUGGUGCUGUGAUUAUCUCCUCCCUUGGAGCCGUCCACUGGGGCUUAGAGUAUGCCGGAUAUGGUGGCUUCCACAGCUACCGUAGGUACAUGUACGGGGCUCUCGCACCCGCACUUGCAUGGCCAACAAUGUUCUUGCCCACCGAACCCGCUCUCAUCACACAAUUCGCGGCAUUCACUUUCAUGUACCUCGCGGACGCUCGAGCCACGGUCCGAGGGUGGUUCCCAUCUUGGUACUCCACGUACCGAUUCGUGCUGACGUUCUUCGUCGGUGCUUCUAUUUUGGUAAGCUUGAUUGGAAGAGGAAGGAUCGUGGACUCGGAGACCCAACUCAAGCGACCGGCGGACUAUGUCAGGAACAUGGCGGAGCCCGACCCGCGCGAGAUAAAGAAGCAACAAGAUCUGGCCAAGAAUGAGUCUAAGUUUAAGCAGACUAAGAGAGAAGAGGCAAAACAGGACAAGGAUAAGUCUGGGGAGAAGGCUGGGAAGGACUCAGAGAGCAAGGACGACGAAAAGGGCGAUGACAAGAAAGAGGAGAAGGGAGACGAUAAGAAAGAGAAGGGAGACGAUAAAAAAGAGGAGAAGGGGGACGAUAAGAAAGACGAGAAGGGAGGCGAGAAGGGAGGCGACAAGCAAGACGACAAGGAACAGAAGAACUGAAGGAAGUGCGGCCAGUCCCUUUUGCAUGAUCCCAUUCCCUCCCGACCCCAACCAAGCCCCAACGCCUAAUUCUUUCAUCGUGCUCAGAAAUGCCAGCCAGCCAGCCAGCUCCUAUCGAGCCAUCCAUCAACCACCGCCACCUAAUAG